AUGGCCGCGCACGACAAGCCCGUGACUACGGUUGCAACACCAGAGAAAGGCGGGAAUGAAAAGACUGUUGUUGAGGAUGAGGCCGCGAGUAAAGAGGCGCAAGAGAAGGCUGAAAGCGACACCGACGGCGGCAGUCUGAAGGACUACUUCCGCGUCUUCACCUACGCCAGCACCGCCGACCGGAUCCUCUACGCGCUCGGCUUCCUGGGCGCCAUCGCCGCCGGCGCUGCGCUCCCCCUGAUGACCCUGAUCUUCGGGCAGUCGACCUCGGCCUUCAACAGCCAGGCCACGGGCCAGGACGGCGCCUCGUUCACCCGCGACAUCAACAGGUUGGUGCUGUACUUUGUGUAUCUGUUCGCCGGCCGCUUCGUCAUCGGGUACCUGGGCACGCUGUGUGUUUGCAUUGCCGCGGCGCGCACGACGUGCGCCCUGCGGAAAGACUUUCUGGAGAAGCUGCUGCGGCAGGAUAUUGCGCACUUCGACCGCGCGGGGAGCGGGAGCGCGGCCAGCCAGGUGACGACCAAUGGCAACCGCAUCAACCAGGGCAUCGCGGAGAAGCUGUACACGUGCGUGCAGGGCAUCUCGCUGUUCUUCUCGGGCUUCAUUGUCGCGCUCGCGGUGCAGUGGAAGCUCGCGCUGAUCGUGAUGAGCAUCAUCCCGGCGAUUUUCCUGAUCACGGGGUUCUGCAUUGGGCUGGAUGCGCCGAUUGAGGCGCGCGUGACCAAGAUCUACUCGCAGGCGGGUACGCUGGCGCAGGACGCAAUCAGCUCGAUCCGCACGAUCCAUGCGUUUGGCGCGCACCAGAAGAUCGUCGACCGGUAUGAGACGUACCUCCAGAAGGCGCACAAAGAGGGGAACAAGAAGUCGGUCAUCUACGGGGUUUUGUUUUCCGGCCAGACGUUCCUGGUCAUGUCGGGCACGGCGCUCGCGUUCUGGCAGGGCUUCCGCAUGUUCAAGAGCGGCGAGAUUGGCGACGUGGGGACUGUGUUUACUGUCGUGCUGAGCGUGGUUGUGGGCGCGACGGCGACGCUGCUGAUCUUCCCGCAGUUCCAGGCGCUCACGAACGCUUCGUCGGCGGCGGGCGAGUUGUUCGCGAUCAUUGAUAGCCCGGCGACGCUCGAUCCGCUCUCGGCGGAGGGACUGGCGCCGGCCGACUGUCGAGGCGAUAUCAAGAUUCACGACCUGCGCUUUGCGUAUCCCACGCGGCCGACUGCUCAGGUCCUGCGGGGCCUGGACUUGUCUAUCCCGGCUGGCAAGACGACCGCUUUGGUAGGACCAAGUGGCUGUGGGAAAUCGACUCUCGUAGGUCUCCUGGAGCGAUGGUACAGUCCCGCCUCUGGUCAGAUCCUGUUCGACGGCCGUGACAUCACCGAAUACAACACAAAAUGGCUGAGGAGCAACAUUCGCCUGAUCCAGCAAGAGCCGACUCUCUUCCAGGGGACGAUCUACGACAACAUUGCCAAGGGCCUGAUUGGUGACCAGAAGGACCUCCCGAAAGAGACGCAGAUGGAGAUGAUCCAUGAAGCGUGCAAGAACAGUAACGCGCACGACUUCAUCGACGCACUCCCCGAGGGCUACGAAACGCAGGUGGGCGAGCGCGCGAGCAUGCUGAGCGGCGGCCAGCGCCAACGCAUUGCGAUCGCGCGCAGCAUUGUGUCGAAUCCCAAAGUCCUCCUGUUCGACGAAGCGACCAGUGCACUCGACCCACGCGCAGAGAAGGUCGUACAGAGCGCCCUUAACCGCGUCUCCAUCAACAAAACCACCCUGAUCAUCGCCCACAAGCUCGCCACCGUCAUGGCGGCCGACAACAUCAUCGUCAUGAAGGACGGGCUUGUUUUCGAGCAGGGCACGCACCACGACCUCCUCGAGCGCGAUGGGUUGUAUGCCGCGAUGGUGCGCGCGCAAGAUCUGGGCACGAAGGCGAACGACGAGGAUCUGCAAAAGCAGCUGCUGGAGACCGAGAACGUCGAGGAGACGCUCAAUCGCAAAGCCACGCUCCAGCGGACGCGGUCCCAGUACGACACGCAGGCGCUAGAGCGCGAGGUCGAGCAGCUGGCCGCUGGCACGCUUGGAUAUUCUCUCGGCAAAUGCGUGUGGAUCAUGCUCAAGGAGAACCUGGAUCUGUACUACUGGUACGCGGCCACCAUUAUCGGGGGGAUCAUCGGCGGCGGCACGUUCCCGGCACAAGCCAUCAUCUUCUCGCGCCUCGUUCGCGUCUUCACGCUGCAAGGCGAUGAAGCACAGGAACAAGCCAACUUCUGGGCGCUGAUGUUUUUCGUGCUGGCGAUUGCGAAUCUGUUUGCAUACUUUACCAUCGGCCUGGCCUGCAACGGCAUCGGGCAGACCCUGACGCAUCGCUACCGCAGGGAGAUGAUCGAGCGCAUGAUCAGCUUCGACCAGGACUUCUUCGACCGGCCGGAGAACUCCUCGGGUGCGUUGACGUCGAAGUUGUCGUCUGCACCGACAUCGCUGCAAGAGUUGAUGUCCGCAAAUCUGGGUCUUAUGUUCAACAUCCUGGUCAACAUCACGGGGAGCAGUGUGCUAGGCAUAGCCUUUGGCUGGAAGCUGGGACUCACGCUUGUGUUUGGUGGAUUGACGAUUAUUGUUGCGGCUGGGUACUAUCGCAUCCGCCUCGAUCAGAAGCUCGAGGCUGCCACGGAGGAGCAGUUCUCAGGCAGCGCGGGACUGGCGACGGAAGCCGUCACGUCGAUUCGGACAGUCAGCAUGCUGACUCUCGAGACGUCCGUUAUGAAGCAGUAUAGCGACACACUCCAGGACAUUACGAACAAAGUCAUCCGCAACCUCGUCUUCGCGCUCAUCCCGUAUUCGCUCUCGCAGUCCGCGGACUUUCUGGUCAUGGCGCUGGGCUUCUGGUAUGGAGCGCAGUUGAUCGCGAAGGGCGAGUACGAUGUAACGCAGUUCUUCGUCAUCUUCAUCGCCAUCGUGUUCGGCGGGCAGGGCGUCGCUCAGUUCUUCUCAUACAGCACAUCCAUCACCAAAGCAAAGGGCAGCGCAAACUACAUCCUGUGGCUGCGAACCGUCAAGCCCAACAUCGGCGAAUCACCCGAGACCGAGGGCAAAGGGCCUGAAUCCGACGGCACCAUUGCAAUGGAGGACGUCGAGUUCCGGUACAAGCAGCGCAACGCUUCCCGCGUCCUGCGCGGAAUCUCCAUGAAAAUCACGCCUGGCACAUUCGCCGCCUUCGUCGGGCCCUCCGGCUGCGGCAAGAGCACCGUCGUCUCGCUCCUCCUGCGCUUCUACGACCCCAUCUCCGGCCGCAUCACCCUCGACGACCACGACAUCUCCCUCAUGUCCCCGCAACUCUACCGCCGCUACAUGUCGCUCGUGCAGCAAGAACCACCGCUCUACCUCGGCUCCGUGCGCGAGAACAUCGCCCUGGGCCUCGCGCACGACCCGUCCGACCAGGAAGUCCACGAAGCGUGCCGCCAAGCCAACGUCCUCGAGUUCGUGGCGUCGCUCCCAGAAGGCCUCAAUACGCCGUGUGGCUCCAAGGGGCUGCAGUUCUCCGGUGGCCAGAGACAGCGCAUCGCGAUCGCGCGCGCACUCAUCCGGCAGCCGCGCCUGCUGUUGCUGGACGAGGCGACGUCGGCGCUGGACACGCAGAGCGAGCGCAUCGUGCAGAAGGCGCUGGACGAGGCGGCGGUGUCGCGGACGACGAUUGCGGUGGCGCAUAGACUGAGCACGAUUCGACAUGCAGAUGUCAUCUUCGUCAUGGAGGAUGGCAGGAUUGCGGAGAUGGGGACGCAUGAGGAGUUGCAGCGGCUGAGGGGCAGGUAUUUCGCGACGUGUUUGGCGCAGUCGCUGGAUCAGGCGUGA